AUGAAAUUGCAAAAAGUGCACGAGUGGAAUAUCCAUUGGGUUAUAAUUUUUUGUUAUCUUUUUAGUUUAACUUUGUCCAUGGAAAUGGGAUCUCAUAAAAUAAAUAGCAACGAUAAUCAUGAACAUGACCACAUGAUUUUUACCAGGCCAGAUAUUCAGAAACCUGCAUCAAGAACUAUCCAUUGGCUAUUUACAUUAUUUUUCAUCUUUUUAAUCAAUUCUAUUAAUACUUGCCUUGCUUUUGCUAGUUGCUUAAAUUGGUCUCUUUUAUUACAAAUUAUAUCUACAAUUUAUAGUCUAUUUGACAUUACGUUUUUAAAUUUUAAAGAUAAUAAUAAUGUUGAAAAUAGAACUUCUAAAGGAACUGGUAUCUUUAUUUUUUUCACAUCAAUAAUUACUCUAAUUAUUGGUUUCAUAUGUUUCAUUAAAAAUAAACAAAACAAAGAAAGGGUCUCAAUAUCUUUCUCUCAGCCUUUUCUCAACAGAUUAAAUAUUCUCUAUUGUAGUCUGGUUUUUAUCAAUACAUUAACCGGAUUUAUUAAAGUAUGUUUAGCACCAAUUUCGCUUUUUGGAUUCUGUAAAAAUGAUAAAACUGGCCAAUGUUUAGCACAUGGAAUAAUGGGUUCAAGUUUCAUUCUCUAUGGUUUCAUAUACUCCAUGGUACUAAUAAUUCCCUGGAUGAAGAAACAAACCUCGUCUAAAUAUUGUCAAGAUUAUAUUGACAGUUGGAUUAUAUGUAUCUACGGAAUAGUAAAUACUUUUACCGAACACAGAUGGGGAAGGGAACCAUGGCAUAUACAUGAUUACCAACAUACUGCCAUGGGGAUCCUUUGGUGGACCGGGGGGAUCCUUGGUAUACUGUUGUCUAGAAAGGGGAAAAGAACUUUUGUUCCUGGGUUGAUUAUCAUGUUCACAGGAUGGUCAAUGACACAGCAUCACCAACAUUUAGAAAUCAGUACCAAUGUUCAUAAUAUGUUUGGAUUGAUUUUAAUUUUAGGUGGUGCCGUUAGAAUAAUUGAAAUAUCCAUUCUGCUUAAAGAUAAACCGUUGGUAGAUGAAAUUUUAUCAUUUCAAUAUUUAUCGCCAUUUUGUUUAGUUUGUGCUGGUUGUCUUUUCAUGGCUGCAAACCAGGAACAAUUAGAUUUAGUGCUAAGAUUAGGAGCAGAGCACAGUGCCUAUAUAAUGAUUAUAAUAUCAGGUGCUUUUUUACUAUAUUGUUGGAUGCUGUUCUGUUUAGAAUAUUAUGUUUAUUUAUAUUUAAAUACACAUAACAAAUCUGUCAGAAAAUAUGAUAGGAUGGAUCAUGAUUCAUCUGAUGUAGAAUCUCUAUUUGAACUGUCCAAUAUGUGA